AGGCGGGCGAACAUCCAGUCAAGCGAAGGACCGCCUCUCGUUUCUUCCUCCCUCCCUCCCGGUAGUCUCUCGCUUCCGACCAACAUGGCUACAGCUGCUGUCUCUACGCCGGUGAAGAUUGGCAUUAUUGGAGGGACUGGUCUGGAUGACCCUGACAUACUAGAAGGCAGAACAGAAAAAUAUGUCGAUACACCAUAUGGAAAGCCAUCAGAUGCUUUGAUUUUGGGAAAGAUAAAGAACGUUGACUGUGUGCUCCUGGCCAGGCACGGAAGACAUCAUAGUGUUAUGCCCUCAAAUAUAAACUACCGUGCCAAUUUGUGGGCGUUAAAGGAAGAGGGUUGCUCUCAUGUGUUAGCAACUACUGCCUGCGGCUCCUUAAGAGAAGAAAUUCAGCCUGGAGAUAUUGUCAUGAUUGACCAGUUCAUAGACAGGACAACCAAAAGGCAUCUGACUUUUUAUGAUGGGAACCAUUCGUGCCUUCUUGGAGUAUGUCACAUUUCGAUGGCAGAACCUUUCUGUGCCAAAACCAGAGAAGUUCUCAUGGAUAUUGCAAAGAAGCUGGGGAUCAAAUGCCACUCAAAGGGGACGAUGAUCACAAUUGAAGGGCCACGUUUCAGUUCCCGGGCAGAAAGCCUGAUGUUUCGCAGCUGGGGGGGAGACGUAAUCAACAUGACUACCACUCCUGAAGUCAUUUUGGCAAAGGAAGCUGGCCUCUGCUAUGCAAGUAUCGCUAUGGCAACAGACUAUGAUUGCUGGAAAGAGCAUGAAGAAGCUGUUUCAGUGGACAAGGUGCUAAAGACGCUGAAAGAAAAUGCAAAUAAAGCAACCAGUUUACUGCUUACUGCUAUACCUCAGAUUGGUUCCAUGGACUGGACAGAAACCCAGCACAAUUUAAAAAAUGCUGUGCAGUUGUCUGUCAUGCUACCAAAACAUUGAAAACUUGAGAAGAUUUUUCUGAAGCUGAUCCCAAACAAUAAGGUCAAUAUUCCAAGAACUGACAAGUACCCUGAAAGAAUAUAGCUAAAACUUGCAACAUUUUCAUUCUUGUCUGCUAAUAAGUUCUUCGUUUUGGAAACAAAAAUCUUGUAGAGGUUUGAAGAGGGUGAGAUGAAAACAUACAAACCACAGAAUAGGAAUUGGAUCACACUUGUUGCCCGAGAUGUGAAGGACUACAUUUCUGGUUCAUGUAGUGUCUCAUCACCCAGUCUAAAAGCGUCAAGGCAAAGGCAAGGUUAGUAUGUGUGCUCUUCACUUGUCUAAACAGAGUAAAUCUCAGAAAGCAGAUCUACAGAUCAGUUGCAGUGCUGUCUGUUCUUUCAAUAUCAUUUUUUUAAAACACUAAAGAAUUUUUUUAGUAAAGAUUAAUGGAGCUUUCCUCAAUCAUGUUUUAUUUUCAAACAUUUUGUAAUCUUUUGGGGAUCAAUCAUGUUUUAUUUUCCAAAUGCUUUGUAAUCUUUUGGGGUUUUUUAACAUGAAAAUGUUUUUUUUCCCCUUCUGCAAAUGCAUUUUCUUUUGGAUUUUUCAGAACAUGGCAUAAUGCUGUUAGCUCAAAGUGUGGGUAUCAAGAUGUGGAGCAGUUCUGUGAAAGGCUCUACGUGUUAUCCCACCCUUGCUGUUGUUAUUCUGGUUACUAGUGCCCCUCCCCACACUCUUUCACAUGCAUGUUCUAUCACCACCCAACUGCUCAUGCCUCACACUGAUUCAGUGACUACCUUCUGAUGCCCCUCCCCCCCAAGUCCACAAGUUUUUCUGGACAGAACUGGCCGUGUGCUGGUGCCCUGGUGGCAGGCAGUUUCCAAUUGCUUUGUUGUGAGGUGCCAAAAGGCCACCUCUUGAAAUGAGUUCCAGCCACCAGUGAGCUCAUACAGGAAGACAUAGCAGUCAGCAGCCCACAUGGCAGGACCACACUAGCCUCUUAAUUUCCCAAACAGCACCAUGCAGGGUUUCAUCCCAAGCCUAUGCUUGUCAGUUUUGCUCUCAUGGCUUAGCCAUCAAAGCAGUCAGCUAAGCAUAAACCCUGUGGUUUCUCAUAGUGGUUCCACAGAUGCUGUGCUUAGAAAUAUUGCUCAGUAAUAACAAAAUUCUGUACCAAAACAUUUAAGCCUCUUUCUGGCAUCCUCUGCUGAGAAAUACUGAAUGAUGAACCUGCUAUGUCUCUGGAGACUGUUUUGGUUUCAAUCUGACUUUUAAAGAACAGCUGGGAUGAACAUAUUCAAUAUACACACAGAUGUAUUCUUGCAGUUUGUUUCUAUUAUUAUGUAUGCUGAAUGCCCACAUUUGCCUUUAAGAAAAGAAUGUGUUGCUGCUUGAUUCAAAUAAAACCAAAUGUAACCUC